AUUAGUGUUUAGCAGUUGAACAAUUGAAAUCAGGGAAUUGCUGAAAGUCUGUAACCCUUGUAGGCUUCAGAAUUUUUAACAACUCUCAGACGCGUGACGCAACUUGAUUACAGAGCUUUUUGCUUUUAAUUUCAUAAUCAACUGUUGCAAACAUUCCAUAAUCGUACGCAGAAUGUUUUCUGAAAAUAAUCUCGGCAAAGAUUAUUCUAGUAUAUCUGAACACGAACUAGGAAUGCAUGUUUGUAACAACGAAAGAGAUCUUGACGAAAGUUUGCGAAACAUGGCCGAAAAUUUUAUUUAUUUCUACAGUAUACGUUUAAUGACGCUUCAAUCACCUGUAAACAUAAGUAGAAUUCAAAAAUUUCGAGAUUUAUGUAACGAAGAUAUUGUAGGCAGAGACUUUCGUAUCAACGUUAUAAAACAAUUUUAUUUCUUUUUUCACAUGCAACAUGCAAUUGCAGAUGCUUUGGAGACAUUUUCAAAUUGCAGAAAGUACAGUCUGCCAAUUUUUAUUAUUGUGGGUCUUUUAGGAAACUGUUUGUCCGCUAUUGUGCUCUUCCGUAAAAAGAUGCGUUCUUUCUCGUCCAACAUUUACUUGGGUGUAUUAGCAAUAAGCGACAUCGCCUUCUCAAUAAUAUUACUCAUUGACUGGCUCAUCUUAAUGAAUAUAAAACCAAAAGAAAAUUAUUUGUAUUGGUUAAAGUUUUUUAUGGAUUUUUGGAGUUUUUUUUCCGAGUUUUUAAGUGUGUGGCUUAUAGUAGCUUUUACUAUCGAGCGAUAUAUGGUGACGAAGUAUCCGCUUCUACGUCGAUCCUGGUGCACUGUCAAACGAGCAAAAAUCGUAGUGAUAACGCUGAUGGGACUAGCGAUUUUACGUAGCAUUCUACAAACUUUUUUUAUUUUUGGGACCAUGCAUAAUAGAGAUGAAAUGUAUUUUAAAAAAGAUAUAAAUAUCUAUGAUGUAUACAAACAUUUAAAAUUGGACAGUCAGAAAGGAGCUGCUCAGACAAGAAGAAUUAUGGAUUCUAUUAUAAUAUUUACUUUACCUGUUCUCGUGAUAGUAAUCUGUAAUACUCUGAUAGGAUACCACAUUUACCAGCAAGAUCGUGCUCGCAAAAUGUUGAUUACAGCGUCCGAUUCUUCUAAUGAGAGAACUCGGAUUUCUAGUGAUAAAAAGCUUCAGUAUAAAAUCACAAGAAUGCUUAUUCUUGUUUCGAGCAUAUUUGUAAUUUUGAAAUUACCUGCACAUUACUUUGUUUACAUUAUUAGUUACAUAUCUAAUAAUGGCAUUGUGGUAGUCAUGUCCAUAAUAUUUGACUUAUUAGACACAGCACAUUACAGUAUAAAUUUUGUUCUCUACUGCGCAACAGGACAAACUUUUCGCAGAGAACUAAUCCACAUGUUUACAAAACGUACAAAUAUAAGGAACAACAGAAAUAAUGGAGAUGUAUAAUUAUAAGUAACAGUUUGUUUGAUGUCCAAUUAUGCAGUCAUAAGUAAAACUUGCAAGUUUACGUCCUACCGCACUUCAAACAAAACAUUGUGCUUAUUUGUUAACAACGCACAACUGAAAGUUUCUCAAGAGAAGAUAACACUCCUGAUUGAUACACGAGAGGUUAUAAUAUACAUUAUAUCUUUAUAUAAAUAUAGUUAACUGCAAAUAGCUUAAUAAAAUAGUUAAACAUUGUUGUAUCAAAAGUGUUAAAAGUAAGUCAAAAGUAACAAUUAAAACAAUUUAUGAUACACAAAUAUGUAGGUAAUAUGUAAAAUGUUUCAGCGCACCAUAAAAAGAACAACAGAUUUGUCAAUUCUGUUAACAAAUGUUAACCUAUAUAACUUAGAAAAUAUGUUGAUUUUUAACUAUUUGAAAUAGGAAAAUGAAUACAUCAUUGAUUGUAAAGCAAUAAUAAUUUGUUAUCAUCAAAGUUACGUAAAUGACAUCUUUUUAUUACAGGAAUAUUUUCUAAAAUGACAAAAACGUGUUACUAACGAAUUGUGUUCUACUUAUAUGUUAUUAUGUCACAAAUAUCCAUAUCAGCCAGUGUAUUGAUAUACAAGUAUGCAGAUGUUUGAUAAUUUCACUUACUACACACGUGCAUAUUACUUGUUUAUACAAAAUGAUAAACGCUUUUCUAUAUAUAAGAAACGCUUUUAAUCGGUUAUUGUAAUUUUUAUUUUCUACAUGUACAUUUUGCUUCCUUUUAUGUUCUGAACAUUUUCGACUAAUAUAUUUACAAUUAGAUUGACGAUAAGUAUUGAAUUUAUAAUAGCUGUUGCAAAUAAUUGUCAAAAGGACAGAGCAUUUUACUCAACUUAUUUAGA